GUUGAAAUUUCAUAUGAUGCAAGUAGUGCGGCUAAAAUGGCAAUGGCUUUUAGUGUAAUAUUAGUCAUGGUGCUUGUAAUCUGUUACCCAAGCCAACUGCUGAUCGAUGCUAGCAAUGACAUAUAUUUCAAAUGCUACACAAGCAAAUGGUACGAAUAUCCAGUAAGAACCAGAAGGCUAUUGAUCUUGAUGAUGACUAGAGCAGCUGAACCUUGUUGCAUGACGAUUGGGCCCACGGUGCCUCUUAAUUUCGAGACAGCUGGCACCAUCAUCAAUACGGCUAUGUCAUACGUUACAACGCUGGUAUCACUGUGCGCUCUCUAAAUCUAUCACGAUUUCUCGUAUGCUUUGUUACAUAGAUACAGAGGGGACAUGCGAAAAAUAGAUGAUUCACGAACUUUUUUAUGCAACGAUUCUUCGAUAGUUCCAGUUCCAUUAUCAGUUUUUAAUUGUCAAUAAAAAGAAACUUCAAGUUCCUUUUAUAAAUUUCAAAUAAUAUUAUCCUAAUGUUAUGCUAU